CAGCACCUUUCCCCGCUCUCCUGCGUUCUCUCGAGCCUCUCCGAGGUCCUACACCUUGCUUCCGCUGGUUAUUUUUCUGGUUUCCUCCCUCGCAUUGCUUCUUGCUGCGUUCUGAUGACCUCUGAGUAAUGUUCCCCGUCUUUCCCUCCUUCCCACUGUUCCCAGUGACAGCGUUACCUAGUUGCUGAGCUGCCAGAAACCUGUUCCUGUAUUCUCUUUCCUCGGUAGAUUCCUCCAAGUGAGAAAGCAGUUGUCUUCAGUAUGGUAUGCCACGACUAGGCCUCAGUCCAGUCACGAAAACCAAGUUUGAAGACUCGACUUUGCAUUGCUCACUGGAUUAUGCACAAGGCUCUCCCACCCAAUGAUCCUCUUGCAACACGCUGGGCUUCCUCCACCUAAGCAACCUUCAUACUCUCCUCCUAUGUCAGUGGCCACCAGGUCUACAGGACCCUUGCAGCUUCCACAGCAGAAGCCUUUUGGCCAGGAGGCUUCCUUGCCUCUGGCAGGGGAAGAAGAGUUACCUAAGGCAGGGGAGCAAGACUCUGCCCUGGAGGAGCUAUGUAAGCCCCUAUACUGCAAGCUCUGUAAUGUCACCUUGAACUCAGCACAGCAAGCCCAGGCUCAUUAUCAGGGUAAAAAUCAUGGUAAGAAACUCCGAAACUACUAUGCAGCAAAUAGCUGUCCUCCUCCUGCCAGAAUGAGCAAUGCCGUGGAGCCUGCAGCUGCUCCUGUUGUUUCAGUCCCUGCGCAGAUGGGCUCCUUUAAGCCAGGAGGCAGAGUGAUCCUGGCCACCGAGAACGACUACUGUAAGCUCUGUGAUGCCUCCUUCAGUUCGCCGGCUGUGGCGCAGGCUCACUAUCAAGGGAAGAAUCAUGCCAAGAGGCUGCGGCUGGCUGAAGCUCAGAGUAACUCGUUCUCGGACUCAUCAGAGGUGGGUCAACGGCGGGCCCGGAAAGAAGGGAAUGAAUUUAAGAUGAUGCCAAAUAGGAGAAAUAUGUAUACAGUACAGAAUAAUUCAGCAGGUCCUUAUUUCAACCCGCGCUCUCGGCAGAGAAUUCCGCGUGACCUCGCCAUGUGUGUUACUCCGAGCGGCCAGUUCUACUGCUCAAUGUGUAAUGUCGGGGCUGGUGAAGAAGUGGAAUUUCGGCAGCAUUUAGAGAGCAAGCAGCACAAAAGCAAGGUGUCUGAACAGCGGUACAGGAAUGAGAUGGAGAACCUGGGUUAUGUAUAGUGGUUGUCAUGUUCAGAUGGAGCAGCUUGUCCUGCCUGUUUGCCUUCUGUCUACUUGCCCUGCUUUGUGGUCCUUUGAUAUGAGUCCACUCUUCUGCUUGAUGUUAAUAACGUGUACCCUGCAAUGGUACCAUGAGAUGUCAAAAUCCCGGGGGCGGGGGGAGGGAGGCGUGCUUCUUAGGUCCUUACACUUUUCCAGGUCCACUGUGUUGAGCUAUUUAUAGCAUGUGACCUACCUACCCCAUGGGAAAUAACACUUUACCUUGGCUGAGUUCUGGUUGACUUAAUAAUAUGACUACAAAUUUCAUCUGCUCUUGCGGUUUUAGUUCUACGUACUGUUAGAUAAAGAAUUGUGUUGAGUUGAGUUCUUACUUGAGAUCACAAUGAAAGCUGAGAUUUGUUUCUCAAGGCCUCAAGGGAAUCAUCACCUCACUGCACUGCCAGUAGGAUGUCUCAUUGCAGUCCGUACUAGGGUCUUUCCACGAAUGGUUCCCUAUGUCAUGCCCCUCCAUCACUGAAGUGCAGGUUUCCUUGAAUUCAGACAUUUUCAGUGUGCUUGUGGUCCUCCAGACGGCUGGAGGUCCUUUCCCGUUGUGGAUUUCACGUAUUUGAUUGCCACCUUCUCCUCUCCCCUCACUCUCCCGUUGAAUCCUCUUGUCUCAUGGGCUUAUUUUCAUGCCCUACGUGCUGUUUUCCAAAUUGUGGAUUUGGAUGCAGGAGUUUGAGAUGGGCAUGGUUUUAAAAAGAAUAUUUCCCAUCUGAUUGAGGAAACAUGAAUUUGUAUUUGCUUUUUCAAUUUAGAGUUUGAUCUUCAUUGAUAGUAGUGUAACAUGCUAUUUAUGAUGGUCUUAACCAUAACAUAAGAUCUCUUCAUAUUUUCUUUGGGCAGGAAUUUUUAGAUGAACCAGUCCUUACACUAUUUCGUUCUCUGUUUGGUCCGUUUGUUGACGGUCCUGAAAAAAACCAUUAAUACCAUUACCUACUGUUUCAUAGGUAGAGGAGAAUUUUUUUAAAAGCGGGUCAAGUUUCAGUAUCACCAUUUCCAGUAGAAAAUUGUUUUUGCUUUUAAAAUAAGAAGCCACUUGUAUGUCUAGAUUACCAAUGGAGUAUUAUGUGAAGUUUCCUUAACUACAUUUGAAUCUACUUACUAUAUUUUACUUUACGUGGAGAAGAUAGGUGCUCAUCUAUGCUUCUUUUGAAAGACCAGGCUCACCAGGAAGUUUAUAGUGAGCAGUAGUAUUUUUGUAUGUUGGCAGAUGCUUAUUUGAUUCCUUGUUAUUAAUUGAAACUCUUGGUAACCUUGAGAAUUGUACAGGCAAAUAGAUAAAAAGGUAUGAUCAUCAUUUGUUUUUGGUAAUACUUUGGAUCAAUUUUAAACAGUCUAGACCUAUAAUUAAAAUUAUAGUUUCUGUAAGGUGGUGGUUUAUUGAAAAGUAGAAUUAUUUGGUAAAUUUUUUUUUUCUCCCAGAAACAGAAGAAUGAAAUAACUUUCUGUUUAGAUUCUCUCUGGAUCUGUAACUCUUGUAAUAGCCCUUUUUGCAGUAGCCGAGUCUCUAAAGUAUAGUUAAAUAGGGCUAUUGAAGACUUGUCUUAUUGGCCAGUAGGUUACUCAUUUUGCUGCUAAAUGUAUUUUUUGGUAGAUGUUAAUAUAGUACGGGUUUUACGAUUAUUUAAAAAAUCUCAUUUUUUUUCUAUAGGUGUGUGUACACAUAUCACACGUUACCCUCCCCUCCGAAUUUCAUAUGAUUCCCUGGAGAGAAUUUCACUGGAUCCUUACUCCAGAUACCAUUAAAUAUUGUGGAUAUGAAUUUACUUUUUGUAAAAGCAGCAUUCAUCUACUUUCAGUUUUUCCUUUGGAAAUGAAAUUAAAGGAUGUGUUUCCCUGCCCUCUUCACCGAACAGGUUCAAUAUAUGUGUACAAAAAGCAGUGGACUUAAGGGCUUGAUGUUUUUUUCAGGCCUUGUAUAUUCAGGUUUCCAGUUUCCCAGUGCCCUUAAUGGAUGUUAUGAAUGCAUAAGCAUAUUUUCUUUUAAAGAAAGAAGUUAGAUUUAUAGUGUUAUUUCUUACUUGCUAUAUUUCUUUGCACUAACAGAGAAUGAUGUGUUUGUUUUAUAUGACACUUUAGUACCAUAUUGCCUAAAGGAUUCAAUUUCUUAAUUUCCGAAUUCUAGUCGAUAAAUACCUUCCACGAUCACUUACAGAGCUUUCCUGCACAUCUGAAAGACAUCACAGAUCUCUAUGGUAGUAGCUUGUGUUUUGGGCUAGUUACGUUGCAGUGUUCUUUUUGUUCCACAGGUGAGACAGGGUGGCGGAAGCUGCCGUCACUGCGUGGAACGGUUUCUUGUAUUGGCGCACUUUGUGUAGACAGUGUUUCUUCCUGCUUGAUAGGCUGCUGUUGCCUCUGAAUUAGUGAUACGUAAUCUCGGUUGAUUUCAUUUUGUGAAGUCCAGUCCUGCUCUGUAAUGUGCUUUAGGAUCUGUUCAUCAGAAACCAUGCCUCUUUUUAUAUGCUGUGUACAAGGAUGGACAGAGGCCUAAACAAAGAAAAACCUUUAGCUAAAAAAAAAAGUAGAUUUCAGUAAUCAUCUGUAAGAAUGUGUAGCAUCAAAAUCUCUUUUCUCUGUGACUGUCCGUGUGUACAUUGCCAUUAAAAAAAUCAAUAUUAGAAGAUAAUUAUCAACUCUUCUAAGCUACUGAGAGCGAAAGGUUAUAAAGGAAAAUUUCCAUGUUUCAACUAAGAUUGGAUUGUAUAUGCCUUUAAAGUGUGUGUGUUCUUGAAGUUUAGUUAUAAAAUGCAAUGUGUCCUGUGAUCCCCUGAGUCCUCACUGAAUAGAAAAUACUUCUUUGGUCUUGUCUUGGGUCAUGUCUUGGUCAUGUCCUGCAACUUGUAAAUAUGUACAUGUUGUUUAUUAUGUUGAUUUGCUGGUCCUUUAUUGCACUGAAUUCUGUAAAGUGAAUACUUUUUUAUCAUUCAUUCUGAAAAAUUCCCCCACCACACUCUCUGCCACUUUUUUCCUCUUUAAUUAAUUGAUAGACUUAGACACCCAUAGGAUUUUUGAGACUCUGAGUGUGAAUGAAGAACCAUAGCUGAGAUCUUCACAUAUGUCUCACUUAACAGGCUAAUGGGAAGCACCAGGUCUUCCACCUCCCUUUGCAGAGCUGUUCUGUAGAACUGUAUGCUUGUUUAUGGCUACCGAGCUACAAUUUGAACACGAAGGGAAGGAGGAGUAUAUAUAUACAUUUAUAUGUUCAUGCACCUACCUGUAUAUGUAUAUAUUUGGUUAAAUCUUCCUCUGCAGAUAGGUUCUAAGGAUUAGCAGUGGGAUUUAUGGUCUCUUCAUGCCCGAGUUGUCUGCUACUGUGAACAACAACAGUUUGAGGCCGGUGCAGUGACCUACGUAAAAUGCGUCUUGUUUGUGACAGGGAGAGACACGUAAGGAACAGUUCAAUACAGUGUUCUCUGCAGAGAGGCCUAAAGGUGGUAGAUGCGCAGCCUGGCUUGGUUCUGUCAGUGUCAGAACUUAGGCUGGAAGUACGCACUUAAGAACUUGGCGGGACUUGUUCUAAGACGAUAGACACGAGUACUCAUUUCUUAGAAAUAAGUGGAGGAGUGAUGUGUUAGGGUAGGCAAGGUUUUGAAAAGGUGUUUUAAAAUAUCCCACCUUACCAUCUGUUUUUUGUUUUUUCUUACCAGACAAAUCACUGUUGAGGCAUUCCAUGUAUGAUAAAAAGUGUUGCAUUGCUGUUUUCGUGUUCUUGGUAGGGGAACUCCUACCACUGUGAGCUGUUACUGUCAAUGUAGCUGAAUGAACAAAUAGCUGUAAAUAGCCUCUCAUAAGAUUUCUACUGAUAACUGUUGGAUGUUUUCUUCCCAUUAUAAAUGGGGGGAUCAUUUGUAAACUCCCUUUCUGGGUAGCUACCAAAAAAAGUACUGGCUUAUGGUCCCGUGUGACCCUGUGUCCGUUAAGCCCAGAAUACGAGUGCCUUUAGCAAGUGUUAGCAUUUCACAGAGGAGAGAUGACAGAAUUACUGCUGUUAGUCAUGGUUCACAGAACAGGAGCUUGGAAUAGCAGAGGUCUGUGUGGAUUCUGUUCUACAUGUUUUUGUUGCUGCAGUCUCAAUUUGAUAGUAAGUAAAACUUAAUUGGUCAGGAAACAUAUACCUUGAACACAAAUCCAGGUAUCUCAGGCUGGCAGUCGUCACCUUGAUGUGUUACUUUCAUAUGUAGUGAAUGGUAGUGUGGGAGAUUCGGGGAGCUUUACACUGAUGUUUGGAUAAAUUCUUUAUUCCAGUGUCUUUUUCCAAAAGACUUGCUCAUGUGUUUCUAGAGGAGAGAAUGACAUAUUUCAAAUAAAGUGUAUUAUCAACCUG